GCUGGGGCUGGAGGUGGGGAGGGCGGACCGAAGGGAAGCCAGGCAGAGGUGCGGGAGCGGGUUUCCGAGCUCAGCCUUCAGCAUCUCACCAGGAGACCUCCGGAGCUGCAGACCUGCACACCAUGCGGCUCCCCGACCUGAGGCCCUGGGCCUCCCUGCUGCUGGCGGACUGGGCUGUGCUCCGGCUGCUCCAGGGCACCCUGGACGCUCUGCUCCCCCGGGGGCUUCCGGGCCUGUGGCUGGAGGGGACCCUGCGGCUUGGGGGGCUGUGGUGUCUGCUGAAGCUGGGGGGGCUGCUGGGACCAGCCAGGACACUGCUGCCCGCGCUCUGCCUGGCGCCCCCUCUGUUCCUCUCCCUGAGGGCGCUGAGCCCAGGGGCCUUGAGUGCGCCCCCAGCCAGCGUGGCUGCAGCCCCGUGGAGCUGGCUGCUGGCGGGGUACGGGGCUGCGGCGCUCAGCUGGGCGGCGUGGGCCGUGCUCAGCCCCCCCGGAGCCCCCGAGGGGGAGCAGGGCCAGGAGAAGAGCCACGCCCUGAUGUGGCGGCUGCUGAGGCUCUCCAGGCCGGACCUGCCCUUGCUCGCUGCCGCCUUCUUCUUCCUCGUGGUCGCCGUGUUGGGGGAGAUGCUAAUCCCGUAUUACUCUGGCCGUGUGAUCGACAUCCUGGGAGGCGAUUUUGACCCCGAAGCCUUCGCCAGCGCCAUCUUUUUCAUGUGUCUUUUCUCCCUGGGGAGCUCGCUGUCCGCAGGCUGCCGAGGAGGCUGCUUCCUCUUCACCAUGUCCAGGAUCAACUUGCGGAUCCGGGAGCAGCUCUUCUCCUCCCUUCUGCACCAGGACCUGAGUUUCUUCCAGGAGACUAAGACAGGGGAGCUGAACUCGCGGCUGAACUCGGAUACCAAACUAAUGAGUUCCUGGCUUCCUCUUAAUGCCAACGUGCUCCUGCGGAGCCUGGUGAAAGUGGUGGGACUGUACAGCUUCAUGCUCAACCUGUCGCCUCGACUCACCCUCCUGUCUCUGUUCGAGAUGCCUCUCACAAUGGCGGCUGAAAAGGUGUACAAUGGCCGCCAUCAGGCGGUGCUUCGGGAGAUCCAGGACGCGGUGGCGCAGGCGGGGCAGGUGGUGCGGGAGGCAGUUGGAGGGCUGAAGACCGUGCGCAGUUUUGGGGCCGAGGAGCAUGAGGCCUGUCGCUAUGAGGAGGCCCUGGAACGGUGCCGGAAGCUGUGGUGGCAGCGAGACCUGGAGAGGGCCCUCUAUCUGCUCUUCCGGAGGAUGCUGCACUUGGCCAUGCAGGUGCUGAUGCUGAGCUGCGGGCUGCGGCAGAUCCUGGCCGGCGACCUCACGCGGGGCGGGCUGCUCUCCUUUCUGCUCUUCCAGGAGGACGUGGGCCACCACGUGCAGACCCUGGUGUACAUGUGCGGGGACAUGCUGAGCAACGUGGGCGCCGCCGAGAAGGUGUUCCGCUACCUGGACCGGCAGCCGAACCUGCCUCCGCCGGGGACCCUGGAGCCGCCCGCGCUGCGCGGCCUGGUGGAAUUCCGGGAUGUGUGCUUCGCGUACCCCCACCGCCCCGACCAGCCGGUGCUCAAGGGGCUGACGUUCACGCUGCGCCCCGGCCAGAUGACGGCGCUGGUGGGGCCCAACGGCUCGGGGAAGAGCACCGUGGCGGCCCUGCUGCAGAACCUGUACCAGCCCACGGCGGGGGCGCUGCUGCUGGACGGGGCGCCCCUGGCCCAGUACGAGCACCGCUACCUGCACAGGCAGGUGGCCGUGGUCGGGCAGGAGCCCGUGCUGUUCUCGGGCUCCGUGCGGGACAACAUCGCGUACGGGCUGCCGCGCUGCAGCGACGAGGAGGUGAUGGCGGCGGCCCGCGCGGCCCAGGCGGACGAAUUCAUCCGGGACAUGGCGCAGGGGCUGCACACAGACGUGGGGGAGAAGGGGAACCUGCUGGCCGUGGGGCAGAAGCAGCGUCUGGCCAUUGCCCGGGCCCUCGUGCGGGACCCUCGCGUGCUCAUCCUGGACGAAGCCACCAGCGCCCUGGACGUGCAGUGCGAACAGGCGCUGCAGGACUGGCGCUGCCGCGGGGACCGCACGGUGCUGGUGAUCGCGCACAGGCUGCAGACGGUGCGGAGCGCCGACCAGGUCCUGGUGCUGCGGCAGGGGCAGCUGCUGGAGGCCGAGCAGCUCCGGGCGGGCCGGGACCUCUACUCCCGCCUGGCGCAGCAGCUGGAGGGCUUGGGGGGCUUGGAGGGCUUGGAGGGCUUGGGGGGCUUGGAGGGCUUGGAGGGCUUGGAGGGCUUGGAGGGCUUGGAGGGCUUGGGGGGCUUGGAGGGCUUGGAGGGCUUGGAGGACUGAGGCCCUGCACUGGCCCCCCACGGCCUUCGGAGGAGCAGCGCGCUCUGAGCCUCCCCGGCUGCACCUCCCGGCAGCCCCGUCGCUCUGGUAGCUCCGUGAUGCAGAUUUGGACCACGCGUGCCUUUGUCUGCGGAGGGGGCUGCUGUCUGCCCAGCCACCUUAUCUCCUUGAAGAGCAGCGCAGUGCCUGGUGCCGAGCCGGGUACUGUGCAGAAUAAAUGUAUUUUGAAACACUUUUCUUAUGAUCUAAGCAGCACACACUCACACAGAGAAGUAGGGCUGACCUGUACACGUCCCAGAGGUGGCCAUAGCUACCUUUCCGCCGGCUCUCCUGCGAGUCCUUACCUGUCUGAGAGCUGUGUUAGCCAAACGGACAUACAUAUUCCCCAGGUCUCUCCCCAUUCCCACCAGCGUCCGGCAGUUUGGGAGCCAGGGUCCGGAGGGGCAGAGCUCACUGCCAUAAUUAACAAUGUUAAUAAAAAAUGGAUAAUAACUGCUGUUUGUAUGUUUAAUGUGAA